CUCGCUCGUCGCUCCCUGCCGUAAGGCCGACUCGGAUGGCUCUGUUGCCUGACCGCCGACUCCCCAGUCGUCGUGGAACGAUACAGCAGCUCAUGGGACAGAGCUGUUCUGUCACCGAACUUCUGCGGCUCGGUCUUCUAUCAAACGGUUUCUGCGAGCGAUGGCGAGGCCAUCAGAAGACGAAUUCUGCAGUACUCCUGGUAUGCGUCUGCAUUGAGUUGGGCAAUGUCCUGACGCAAUAGGCCGGUCUGGUCAAGUGAGCC